AUGGCCCCUCUGCUGCGUAUGCUUCACCACUUCUUGCACCAUCAACUGCGGGCGGGCGUCUACACCUUCCUUGUGAGCUCCAGGAAGGCCGCCGAACUGAAAGAUCGCGUCGCCCGCUCAGUUGAAGAAGCUGUCAAGACAGCCGCCUCGGCGCCCAGCAAUCGCUGCGGGUCUUCGUCUUCGUCGUCUUUUUCAUCCGGCAAGAAGGCGAGCGAGAGCGGCGGCGAGGCGCGGCCUUUCUUCUUGAGCGACGGCACUGAGAGCCGACGUGCCUCGGGCACAGGCUUCUUUGCCAGCUUGAAAAAGCGUCUCCUCUCUUGA